AUGCCGCCGAAACCAUUCCCACAACUAUCUGAAGAUCAAGAGAAUGACCUCAAACUAAACACACAACAAUGGGCCCUCUCCAAUGGGUUGGUGAUGUAUCCACCAAACUUUGAGCCGUACCAAGUAAAUGUGGCGCCAAUUACGUUAUUUCCGACACCAAUUCCCAGAUCCAGCUUCGAGCAAGCAACUAAAGUACAAACGCUAUAUAAUGAGUUGUACAUAAACUUAAUUACAAAGAGAAAAGAGUGGUUGAUUGAAAUUUUAAAGAGAUUAGCUGAGUUUGAUUCCGAUUUUUCAGGAAAACUAUUUGAUAUAUACCAAAAAUCAAUUGCAGAAGGGGUUUUACAACCGUUGUCGUUGGGUAUAUUCAGAUCCGAUUAUAUGGUUGAUUCUUCUACCCGGCAGAUUAAGCAGAUUGAAUUCAAUACAGUUAGUGUUUCAUUUGGUGGAUUGUCAACAAAAAUUGGCCAAUUGCAAACAUUUUUAAACACCACCGGGGCAUACGAUAACAAGUACAAUUUCAAGUAUUAUGACAAUGAUGAGCUCCCGACUUCAACAUCGGCAAGUGAUAUAGCGCAAGGUUUGGCUGAUGGAAACUAUCAUUACAAUGGAGCGGUUGAAAAUACAGAUACAAUAAUCUUGUUUGUCAUUCAACCCAACGAGCGCAAUUGUUUUGACCAAAGGAUCGUUGAGUAUGCUUUGUUUCAUGAGCAUGGUAUAAGAUCCGUCAGGGUUACCUUGGAGGAUGUCAAUGAAGUUGUUACGAAUAAUAGUGGCAAGUUGUACGUCAAAUCCACCAUGGACGAAAUAUCUGUUGUUUACUACCGUUCGGGGUACGGACCUGGUGAUUACGACUCUGAUCCGGAGAAAACCUGGAAUGCAAGGUUAUUUUUAGAAAAAUCGCAAGCCAUUAAAUGUCCCUCAAUAUUGACGCAAUUGUCCGGAUCUAAAAAGAUUCAACAGCUCUUGACCAACGAGAGCAUCAUUAAGCAAAUUCUUCCAGAUAUCGCUGACAAAGACUUGCAAUCUCUUCUUUCUACGUUUGUGAGGAUACUUCCGUUUGAUGACACUGAACAAGGGAAAGAAGCGGCAAAGUUAGCAUUCCAAGAACCAGAGAAGUUUGUAUUGAAACCUCAGAGAGAAGGCGGGGGCAACAACAUCUACAAAUUAGAUAUUCCUCAAUUUUUAAACAAAAUCGACAAAAAAGAUUGGGGUGCCUAUAUAUUAAUGGAAUUAAUCACUCCAGAAACCUUUGAGAAUAAGAUUCUUCGCAAUAAUCAAGUUUUCCAUGAACGUAUCGUAUCCGAGUUGGGUGUAUUUGGAACAAUACUUUUUGAUGAACAAAGCGGAGCAAUAAAGAGCAACAAGAAUGCGGGUUGGUUGUUGAGGUCCAAGUUCGAAACCAGCGAUGAAGGUGGCGUUGCCGCUGGCUUUGGAUGCGUUGACAAUGUAUAUAUUUAUUAA